AUGGCGCCUUCAUCAACCCAUGGCAGCAAGUCGAUGGAGAUCAACAAGUCAGGAGUCACGCUCCAGUCGGACGCGGACUCGGACAGAGAUGGCAGCAGCAUCAACCUCAAGCCAAAGAUCACGCUCAUGAACGGGAUCUCCGUCAUCGUCGGCUGUAUCAUCGGGUCGGGGAUCUUUGUGAGCCCCCGCGGGGUCCUCCUGCACAGCGGCAGUGUGGGCUUCUCCAUCGCCAUCUGGGUCCUGUGUGGACUCUUUUCUAUGGUCGGGGCCUAUUGCUACGCCGAGCUGGGCACGUCCAUCGUGCGCUCCGGUGCGGACUACGCGUACAUGUACGAGGCUUUCGGCCCUUUUGUGGCCUUUGUCAGGUUGUGGGUGGAGUGUAUCAUUGUCCGACCCUGCACCACCGCCAUUGUGGCCUUGACCUUUGCCAACUAUGUGAUCGAGCCGUUGUUCCCCGACUGUGAUCAGCCAGAGCUAGCUGUGACGCUGCUCGCUGCUGUCUGUAUCCGUGAGUUUUCUACUUGA